AUGCCACCAUUCCUUUGUUCUCAAUCUUUACACAUUCGAAGCAUAGUAUUGAAACGCGUGCAACAUUCACCCCCACCUCUACUCAGCUUGGUAACCCGUACCCCUCCCCGUCCAACCUCAACUCCUAGACUCGGAACUCCUUCCUUCAGAUCGUUCAGCACUACCUCUACGAAGAUGUCAGACCUCAUAAUCGAACUCACUGCCCCCAAUGGCAAGAAAUUCAGUCAGCCAACGGGUCUCUUCAUCAACAACGAAUGGAUCAAGAGCAGCAGCGGCGAGAAGAUAACCACUAUCAACCCCACUGAUGAAUCCGACAUUGUGUCCGUCUACGCCGCAACAGUUGGAGAUAUCGACACCGCUGUCGCAGCAGCCCGCAAAGCCCUCAAAGACCCCUCAUGGCGCGACAUUACCCCCACCGAACGCGGAAACCUGAUGAUCAAACUCUCAGAUUUGAUAAAAGAGAACGCGGAUACCCUGGCUACGAUUGAGACGUGGGACAACGGAAAGAUCUAUAAUGAUUCUCUGGGCGAUGUGGCGGAAACAGAGGGCACGAUCAGAUACUAUGGUGGAUAUGCGGACAAGAUCCAUGGCCAGACUAUUGAUGUUGGUCCUUCGAAGUUGGCAUAUACUAUUCGGGAGCCGGUGGGUGUCUGCGGACAGAUCAUUCCUUGGAAUUUCCCGCUUGCCAUGGCGGCUUGGAAGAUGGGUCCAGCGCUGGCGUGCGGAAAUACAAUUGUCAUCAAGGCUGCUGAACAGACUCCGUUGAGUAUCUUAUACCUGGCAAAUCUGAUCAAGGAGGCUGGUUUCCCGCCUGGAGUAGUUAACAUCGUGAAUGGACACGGAAGGGAAGCUGGUGCAGCUAUUGCAACACAUUUGGACAUUGACAAGGUUGCCUUUACAGGAAGCACUGGGACCGGUAAGGAGAUCAUGAAGAUGGCCGCUAUAAACAUGAAGAACAUUACUCUUGAGACCGGUGGUAAAUCACCCCUCAUCGUCUUUGAUGAUGCAGAGCUCGACCAAGCCGUUAAAUGGGCUCAUAUCGGUAUUAUGUUCAACCAGGGCCAAGUUUGUACCGCAACCUCCAGAAUUUUAGUCCAAGAGUCCAUCUACGACUCCUUCGUCUCUGCCUUCAAAGAGCACGUCCAAGAAGUCUCCGUCGUCGGCGACCCAUUUGCAGCCACCACGUUCCAAGGGCCCCAAGUAACACGAGCGCAAUACGAGCGCGUCCUCAGCUUCGUACAAGCCGGAAAAGACGAAGGCGCUACCUUGGUCUCGGGAGGCGAGGCAUUCACCAAGGGCUCUGCAAACGGAAAGGGCUUCUUCAUCACCCCCACGAUAUUCACCGGUGUCAAGCCGAGCAUGAAAAUCUACCGCGAAGAAGUCUUCGGUCCCUUCGUCGUUAUCGCUAGUUUCAAGACGGAAGAAGAGGCGCUAGAAAUGGCGAAUGAUAGUACGUAUGGACUUGGCAGUGCAGUGUUCACGCAGAACAUCACGAGGGCGCAUCGCGUUGCGAAGAACAUCGAGGCGGGCAUGGUGUGGAUCAACAGUAGCAAUGACUCGGAUUACCGGAUUCCGUUUGGCGGCGUCAAGCAGAGUGGUAUCGGACGGGAGCUGGGCGAGGCUGGGCUGGCGGGGUAUACGCAGGUUAAAGCUGUGCAUGUUAAUAUGGGCAAUAGGCUUUAG